AUGAUCUCCAGUCCUCUUGGUGAGGUUUUGGUGGCUGAGAUUGAUCACGAAUUGGCUGCGCUUUUGUUUGUUCGUGGAAAAACACUUUCCAAUGCUCUGAAGGACUUGUCGAGAUACUAUCCAUCCAUAAAGUUCGUUGAAGGCCACUUGAAGAAUGCAAAAAACAUUACCAAGUUGCUGAACGGAGACGAGGUCACCGAUGAUCUUCCGAUCUCAAAACAUGUAUUUGAGCGCUGUUCCGAUUUCCGUAAAGCUGUUUAUAGGCAGCUGUUGACCAUUCCGAGAGGAUGUACGAAGAGUUACGCAGAGGUUGCCGCGCAGAUUGGUCGCCCAACGGCCUAUAGGGCUGUAGCGCAAGCCUGUGGUGCUAAUGUGUUGUGCAUCGUCAUUCCAUGUCAUCGAGUGGUCGCAUCAGACGGUUCAUUGCACGGUUUCAGCGCAGGACUCGAUUUGAAGCAAAAACUUCUGGAGAUGGAAUCUUUGCAGUUCCCGGUUAAGAAGUGA